GGGAGCUCGGUGGAUCGGUAGUGGCUGAGAGGAACGGACAGCCUUCUGUAAACGGCGGCGCAGCUCCGGUUAAAACGACAUUUAACGGUUUAAAAGUGAACUUAAAGAGCGAGCGAGCUGCGGGAACCGACAGCAGCGGGGAUCCAGAGCCUCGGGACGGACCGGAGAAGAGGAGUUUAUCUGCUGUGGUCGCUGCCAGCAGCUUUUUCUCCGUCCAGGGGGCAGAGACGGAGAGAGUUCCCCUGCCAGGAUUUGUGUUUUCGGAGGACGACCAGCUUCAGUUUCCUGUGUGGGCGGAGUGACGGUGAACGUCUGAGAGAUGUGAAGCUGACGGGCCGGAGGAGCUGUCACUCAAACCACGACCACAACCUCCGCACCACCGCCAGCCAAUCAGCGCGCAGCCAGGAGGACCAUCAUGCACCUGAAGUCGUAUCCGAAGCUCGUACGUUCGGAGGUUCAUCUGGAUGCCCCCGGCGUUCAGACGGCGUCGCAGCGGAGCAGUCUGUUCCUGAGCCAGCAGGGGGGGCUGCUGAGGACCUGCAGCGGUAACCAUGGCAACGUCAGCAGCAACCGCCUCCCCUUCAGCGUCAUCUCCACGAACACGCUGCGCUGCACCAACGCAACCAACUGCAGCAGCGGCGUGACAUCGCUCCAGCUGAAGGCGCCAUCCAGCGCCGCCCUGCAGCUCCUCCCCCCGACGCCAGGCUGCGAGAACAACUCGCCCGGACUUUACCAAACCACCGCCGAGGACGCCGACGCUCCACUUGACAUCUGGGCCGUCAUCAAGCCCGGACACGUCCGUGAGAAGAUCGCCAUCUUUGCCUCAGAGGAGGGGCGGGCGGACGGAGCCAGAGUCAGUGAACGCACCUCAACCAGCAGCUCCAGCAGCCAGGACAGAGCGCCGGCAGUGUUGGUGAACCACGGCACCAUGACGGGACUCUCACGGGCCGUGAAGGCAAAGGGCAGCUGGGAGGAAAGCUCCAGCGCCAAACGCCGCCGCCGGUCUGGAAACAACCAGAACCUCCAGCAGGACCAGAGGACCCAGGUUCAGGACACUCAGCAGCUCGCCCUCAAACUGCCGCCACAAAGCUUGGACGCUACGCAGUGUCCAGCCGGCGGGCGGCGUGACAGCGAGGUGAUGUCGGCCGAGGAGGAGGAGCAGAAGGUGUCGGUGGUGGAGAUCGUGGCGUUCAUGGAGCAACGGGCGAAUGAGCAGCAGCCGGACUCCAAACCUCUGCUCGCUCUCCAGAGGAGCUCCACCACCAUCACGCUGUCCAGAGCUCCGCCCCCUGUGGUCAGGGAGGGGUCAGAGGUCAAGGGGGAGGAGCCAGAGAGCAUCAAGGUGUCAGACAUGGUGGCCAGACUGGAGUCGGAGUGUCUGAGGAGGAGGACGGAGGGAGACCUGUCCAGAAACAACAGUCUGAGGAGGACGGUGGGACGAGUCCUGCUCGCUGCCGCAGAUCACGGCUCCGCCCCCGAUCACAGCUCGGCCCCCUGCCAGCCAUCAUCACCAUCAUCAUCACUGACAUCACCAGUGGCACCUUCAUCUUCCUCCUCACCGCUGCCUGCGGCUCCGAGCGGGGAGCCAAUCAGCUGUCUUCAAACCAUCAGGGCGGAGACACCUGCCUCAGCUCUGACCACGACCCCCUCUCCAGGUCUGACCACGCCCCCAUCAGGUGAGUUGGUGGGCACAUCUCAGCAGGUGGGGGGAAUUGUCACAGAGACUGUAGCUCCACCCCCUUCAUCUGAGGAGGCAGAGCCUGUUCCUGGAUUAUUGUUUUUGACUCCGCCUUCUGCUGAGACAGACUCAGAGCUCCAGCCCUCUGCUGUUUGCCCCUCCCCCAGUAACUCUACCAGCCAAUCAGAGAAGAGGAGGAGGAGGAGGAGAAAGACUGACGUCGUCCAGGCGGAGGAAGUUGUGGACGUGGCCUCGCCUCUGAGCCGGCGCGCGUCAGCGUCGCAGGACUUCCUGGUGAUGCGUCAGCGGCUGCAGCAGCUGCUGGAGCCGCAGCCUUACCUGGCCGUUCUGCCGCAUCACCUGCUGGUGAAAAUCUUCCUGCUGCUGCCGACGCAGAGUCUCGCUGCACUUAAGUGCAGCUGCCACUACUUCAAGUUCAUCAUCGAGAACUACGGCGUCCGGCCUGCCGACUCGCUCUGGGUGUCCGACCCGCGUUACCGUGACGACCCCUGCAAGCAGUGCAAGAAGCGCUACGGCCGCGGCGACGUGUCGCUGUGCCGCUGGCACCACAAGCCGUACUGCCAGGCGCUGCCCUACGGCCCUGGAUACUGGAUGUGUUGCCAUGGCGCCCACAGGGACGCGCCCGGCUGCAAUGUGGGUCUCCACGACAACCGCUGGGUGCCGGCGUUCCACAGCAUCAACGUGCCGAUUUACAGGAGGAGCCGUAACCAUGACGACUGAGCGUGUGCGUGCUUGCGUGUGUGCGUGUGUGUGUGUGUGUGUGUGUGUGUGUGUGUGUGUGUGUGUGUGUGUGUGUGUGUGUGUGUGUGUGUGUGUGUGUGUGUGUGUGUGAGAGAGAGAGAGAGAGAGAGAGAGAGAGCAGAAUCGGGGCUGCAGCAGCUGAUUGUAACAUUUGUGUGCCUUACUUUAGUGAUGUGUACAUCGGUUGCUUGGCAACGGAGGCAACAUUCAUUCAAAACGGUUUCCCUGAACAAAGCUGUGAUCUGCAGCAACUGUUUCAGAGUGUUUUUGUUGUUCUGUUGAGGUUCAGCAGAAAUUUAGAAACACUCUAAAACACUUGCGAGGAUUUCAGUGUUUUUGUGGUUGUGUUGAGGUUCGGAAUAAACUCAGAAACACUUAGAAACACUGCCAACUGUUUCAGAGUGUUUCUGCGGUUCUGUUGAGAAACGUAGAAUCAGAAACACUCGGAAACACUCUCAACUGUUUCUGAGUGUUUCUGUGGUUCAGUUGAGGUUCAGUGGAGGUUCAACAUAAACUCAGAAACACACGAAAACACUUGAAUUUAUGAGUUUCUUUUGAGGUUUAGCAGAAACUCAGAAACUGCGGCGAGUGUUUCUGAGUGUUUGAGUGUUUUUGAUAUUCUGCCAAACCUCAUCAACGCCCGACCGAUCUAUCAGGCGUCCAAUCAGGAUUCACGGUGACGGCCAGCUGUUUAUCAUCACUGCUGUAAAUAUUUAUCACCCGCUUCAGUUCCCAAACCGCCCAAACGUCCAAUCAGCUGCUGCGACCGCCUAACGCAGAAGUAAACAUCAGCUGCUCUCAUGAUGCAACAGCGGGUCGGACUUUUCCUUAAAUAGGUUUGUGAAAUUUAUCGUCAAACAAGUUUUCUUUAAGGAAAAAUCUGUGCAGAGCGGCGCCCCCUGCUGCUCAGAUGCCUCCUCACAGCCUCCAGGGUUUCAGUUUCUAGUCUGCAGCCUCCAAUCGAUCGAUUAUUGAUCAGCAGGAGGAGGAGGAGGAGUCCCGGCCAGGGCUCUGAUUCUCCUCUCAGAUAAAUAAAAACAUUAGCCAACCGAGACGAGAAGAUUUCCCGCCUUUUUUAGACGUUUUAUCGACCAAACGGUUGUUCGAUUAGCUAAUCAAUAAUGAAAACGAUCAUUAGGUGAUCAAUAAUUUUAAUAUCUGUACCUUCAUGAUCAAUUAUUAGCAAUAUUGUAUAUUAAUUAGAUUUUUGUUUGGUUGUUGUGUCGACAGAAUGAAGCUUCUUCAUUGUUUUUAGCUGUUUAACGUAAAGAUUUGUCCACGAACGACUUUUGUUAUUGAUUAAUCAGGUUAUUGAUUAGCAGUUUGGUCGAUAAAUUUUACUAAUAAUGACUAAAAAAAAGUAGAAAAUCUUCAUAGAAGCUGUAAACCAAAUGUUUUUUACUGAAAAAUCACCUAAAAGGAUGAUUUUCAGGUGUUUGAGGGGGCGGAGCUUCGAUUGCGCGGGGCUUUAGUGGGUGUUGCUUUUUGGGAGGGGGCGGAGCUUCAGGAGGCGCUCUCUGCUCGGGGUAAACUGUGCACCUUGUUUCCAUGUGGACUUGAAUCCUGCAGUUUGAGGGGAACAGAAUCGUGGCCUUUGAGUCUCGGAGUCGAUGCAAUAAAAUGAGAAACUGGACAAAAAAAAAAGAAUCUGAGGAGAAAAAGACGGACGCUGCAGCCGCUUAUUUUUUAAGCUGUGUUGGUUCAUGUCUGCCGGCUGUUUGCGUUUUGUUUUCUCUCCGUUCAACUUGUUUUGCUUUAAUAAAGUGCUUUUUCAUCGGGUCUUCAGGUUAAAA